UUUCCAUGCUUUCGGGGCCCCCUCGGGUGGCGGCGGCCUCGUGGGAGGCGGGAGCGGCGCUGCCGUGAUGGCCCUGGAGGAGAAGCGGGAGAAGCGCCCGCCCGUCACCCCCAUGAUGAUCGAGGAGGAGGCCGCCCUGCGGAACGGCAGCCGGGGACUGACGCCGGGACCCUGGGCCGAGGCGGCGGGGCCAAGACCCCGCACCACGGAGAGGCAUAUCACCGUGCACAAGCGGCUGGUCCUGGGCUUCGCCGUCUCCAUCCUAGCGCUGCUGGCGGUGACCAUGAUCGCCGUGCUGCUCAGCGUCCGCUUCGAGGAGUGCGGCGCCGCCGCCGACGGCCCGCCGCGGGCCAGCGGCAACGGGAGCCUUUCGGGGGCGGCCCGGCAGCCACCCGGUGCGGGGCAGCCCCCCGGCCAGCCGGAGGAGGAGGCGCGGGGCGGGGAAGCGGCGAAGGAAGAGGAGGAGGAGGAGGAGGAGGAGGAGUGGCAGCGGCGGCAGGAGUUGCCGCCUUGGGCCCGGCCACGGCUGCCGCGGCACCUGCGGCCGCUGCACUACAACCUGAUGCUGAGCGCCUUCAUGGAGAACUUCACCUUCAGCGGAGAGGUGAACGUGCAGCUAGAGGUGCGCAACGCCAGCCGGUACAUCGUGCUGCAUGCCCACCGCAUGCACAUCGAAGCAGUCCGCGUGGCCGAGGACAAGCUGGCCGGCGGCGUGCGGGUGGCCCGCACCUUCUUUUACCCCCAGACACAGGUGUUCGUCGUGGUCCUCAACCGCAGCCUGGAGGUGCAAAGAAGUUACAACCUCAAGAUAAUCUACAACGCCCUCAUCGAGAACGAACUGCUGGGCUUCUUUCGCAGCUCCUACGUUCUCCACGGCGAGCGAAGGUUUCUUGCUGUUACGCAGUUUUCUCCUACUCACGCCAGAAAAGCCUUUCCUUGCUUUGAUGAGCCCAUCUACAAGGCCACUUUCAAAAUCAGUAUCAGACAUCAAGCAACUUACUUGUCUUUGUCCAACAUGCCAGUUGAAACUUCUGUUUUUGAAGAAGAUGGAUGGGUUACAGAUCACUUUUCACAGACCCCUCUUAUGUCCACCUAUUACCUAGCUUGGGCAGUGUGCAAUUUUACGUACCGGGAAACUGUCACCAAGAGUGGAGUAGUUGUACGGUUAUAUGCAAGACCUGAUGCAAUCAGAAGAGGAUCGGGGGACUAUGCUCUAAAUAUUACAAGGAGUCUCAUUGAGUUUUAUGAAGAUUAUUUUAAAGUGCCCUAUUCCCUGCCAAAAUUAGAUCUGUUAGCUGUGCCUAAGCAUCCAUAUGCUGCUAUGGAGAACUGGGGACUGAGUGUUUUUGUGGAGCAAAGGAUACUGCUAGAUCCAAGCAUUUCUUCUAUAUUAUACCUACUGGAUGUCACCAUGGUCAUUGUACAUGAGCUAUGUCAUCAGUGGUUUGGUGACCUUGUGACUCCAGUUUGGUGGGAGGAUGUGUGGUUGAAAGAAGGUUUUGCUCACUAUUUUGAAUUUGUUGGGACAGACUACCUCUACCCAGGGUGGAACAUGGAAAAGCAGAGAUUUCUGACAGAUGUCCUACAUGAAGUGAUGUUGCUGGAUGGGUUGGCCAGUUCACAUCCAGUAUCCCAGGAGGUGCAGCAAGCCACAGACAUUGACAGGGUGUUUGACUGGAUUGCCUAUAAAAAGGGUGCAGCUCUAAUUAGAAUGUUGGCUAACUUUAUGGGUCACUCUGUGUUUCAAAUGGGCUUACAAGACUAUUUAACCAUUCACAAGUAUGGCAAUGCAGCCAGAAAUGAUCUCUGGAACACAUUGUCAAAGGCUUUAAAAAGGGUUGGAAAAUCGGUAAAUAUCCAAGAAGUAAUGGAUCAAUGGACACUACAGAUGGGUUAUCCUGUUAUCACUAUCUUGGGAAAUGAAACUACAGACAACAUCAUAGUCAUCUCCCAAGAGCGUUUUGUUUAUGAUAGUGAUGCUAAACCCAAGGAUCCUUCUCGUGGAGACAACAGCUACUUGUGGCAGAUUCCAUUAACAAUUGCAGUAGGAAAUACGAGCCACAUCUCAUCAGAGGCAAUUAUAUGGGUGUCUAACAAAUCAGAACACCACAGAAUUCCUGCUUUCGAAGAGGCAGGUUGGUUGCUGGGGAACAUCAACCAGACUGGCUACUUUAGAGUUAAUUAUGAUAUUAGGAAUUGGAGGCUGCUAAUUAAUCAGCUAACAAGGAACCAUGAGGUUAUCUCUGUCAGUAAUCGAGCAGGCUUAAUCGAUGAUGCAUUCAAUCUAGCCAGAGCUGGUUAUUUGCCUCAGAAUAUUCCUUUGGAGAUUAUCAGAUACCUUUCAGAGGAAAAAGAUUUUCUGCCUUGGCAUGCUGCCAGCCGAGCUCUUUAUCCUCUAGAUAAAUUGCUGGACCGCACAGAAAACUACAACAUCUUCAAUGAGUAUAUUUUAAGACAAGUUGCAUCAAUGUAUCUGAAGCUUGGAUGGCCAGUGAACAAUUUAAACAAAUCACUUGUUCAAGCAUCCUACCAACAUGAAGAGUUGCGUCGGGAAGUCAUCAUGUUGGCCUGCAGCUUUGGUAACAAACACUGUCACCAGCAGGCUGCAACAUUAAUCUCGGAUUGGAUUUCUAGCAAUAGGAACCGAAUCCCACUCAAUGUGAGAGACAUUGUCUACUGUACAGGAGUUUCACUGAUGGAUGAAGAUGUAUGGGAGUUCAUUUGGAUGAAAUUUCAUUCCACCACAGCAGUGUCUGAGAAGAAAAUACUAUUAGAAGCCUUAACUUGCAGUGAUGACAGAAACUUGCUCAACAGACUUUUGAAUUUGUCUCUCAACUCAGAAGUUGUCCUGGAUCAGGAUGCAAUUGAUGUGAUAAUCCACGUAGCUCGAAAUCCACAUGGAAGGGAUCUUGCUUGGAAAUUUUUCAGAGAAAAAUGGAAAAUAUUGAAUGCUAGGUAUGGAGAAGCAUUAUUUAUGAAUUCAAAGCUAGUCAGUGGGGUCACAGAAUUCCUCAAUACUGAAGGAGAACUAAGAGAGCUAAAGAACUUUAUAAAGAGUUAUGAAGGGGGAGCUGCUGUCUCUUUCUCUCGCGCCGUGGAAACUGUAGAAGCCAACGUGCGGUGGCAAAGGCUUUAUAAGGAAGAACUAUUCCACUGGCUAAGAAAAUCCUUGACACACUAAUCUGUCUUUUCAGCCGACCAUUUAACAUGAUACACUGCAAGAAGAGGAGACAUUUUAGAAGUGUUCAACAUGAAAAUCAGCAAGACAAAAUCAGAUUGCAGGGAUAAGGGAUUUUUUCUUUUUUCAUUGUGGUUUUUAUUUUUACACUGAGCUCUUGUGAAAUUGUCAAGAAGAUUUUCAGCAGACAAGAUCAUGAAUGUUUGUGAAAUCUAGUCCUCAAUGUACAGAACCAAACAUGAUAUUAAGUGAUGCAUGUAAAUGUUGAAGAAAAACAAACAAAAAAUCCUUCAUAGACUAUUUUGUGCAUGCUUGUACUGUCUCUGCCUGUAUUUUAGCAUGCUUAUGUAAACAGCCACAUUUUAUAUGUGAGUUCCAGUUACAUCAAAGUUGGGCAUUAUACAAAGCACAAA